AACAAGGCUUUGGUAGCAUCAAUCACAAUUCCAAAAAGAAAAAGGAAAGGGUUAACAGUACCAAUUCUCGGUAAAGAAUUACUCACUUCUCCUCCGCUGAAUACGAUGGAUACUUCCGCCACAGCGACGCCGGUGUCGCAGCCACCGUUGGCCACCCAAUUGCAACCAUCACAUUCUCAGGUAUCGAUAACUGCCGACAAUCUCCGCACGUUCUCCUAUUCCCUCACCGCUUUCCAACAAUGCUUCAAUGAUCUACAACGACACAUUAAUUCAAUACAAACCUCAAUCAACACUAUGCUGCUACCCCCUCAACCUUUACCUGCCUCAUCAUCACCAGCAGUUGCAACCCCAGCCUCAGCCCCGGCCCCGGAGCCAGAACCAUCUUGGGAAUCUGACCCCUCUGAAGACCUAGAAGAAGAAGAAGAAGUCCAGCAAGAGGAGAAGGAAGUGGAGGGAGGCGAGGGCGAAGGUGAAGACGAAGGCGAGGAAGUGAAUUCGCCUCACUUAGAACUGAAAUUGCCUCGUUCAGAACUGAAAUCGCCUCGUUCAGAACUGAAAUCUCCCCGUUCAGAGUUGGAAAUCUUCUGCGAAACGAUGGACCAUUGUGGUUUGCGGAAGUAUAUGACAACACAUAUUUCAAAUUUUCGUGGACUGCGUGAAGAAGUCCGUAAGGCAUUGAGACUUUCGCCCAAUCCUGCAACCCUUGUAUUUAAUUGUAUCGGAAUCUGUGACAAGGGAGUUGAGAUUGAGAAUUGGGUGAAGGAAGAGGCAGAGCAAACAGCUUUAGCAUGGUUGGAGAGGAUGAAGUCUGAAGGAGGAAAGCUUCAAGAAAUUGAUGCCCGAGGUUUGCUCUUCUUUAUUGGGGGUUUCGGGAUUCCAGAUCAAUUUACAAAUGCGAAUAUCAGAACUUUGCUUCAGGUAAGUAACCUUAAGUGGAGUUUUGAUGCACUCAAAAGAUCAAACGCUCUCAUGGCGAAGCUUCCAGAAAUAAUAGAGGAAAUGGUGGCGAACAAGGCAGUAAUUAAAGCUGUUCAUAUUGUCUAUAGUGUUGGAAUGCAGGACAAAUUUAACCCUAGGACACUUUUAACAACAUUUAUAAGAGAGUCCAAAAAAUUAUUUGACAACAUGAAUGGAUCACAAAGUGCACAUCAAGGGAAUAUUGUAGCAAAAGGGAAGUACUUAGGUGAUCUGAGAUCGAUCAUCAAAUGUUUGAGAAAUCACGAGGUUGAUCCUUCAAAAGUUCUUCCCGGAUGGGAAAUCAGCAAGAGAAUAGCGAGUUUGGAGAAAGAAAUUGCUGAAUUCAAUAAGCAGAUACCUGAUAAGAAGAUAGCACAUGGAUCGCAUAAGAGAAAAAAGGAUGGAACUGUGUGGUUGAGCAACAAAGAAAUGAAACACUCACAUUCUUCAAAUCCAUGGCCGCCACAACAUCAAAGAGUUGCUAGUAAUGUCAUUAGCAAUAACACCUUGUUUGAAGGUGGUGGAACUGCUGGCCACAAUUAUGGUUAUUUUAUGCCACCUUUGGUAUUGCAUGGACCUGUUGCGGGCUCAAUUCAUGAAAAUGUUGGUUAUUCACUGGCAGGACCAGUGAGAGGUGUGGCCAUUGGUGGACCUGGAGCAGGUAUAUCAGCAAGUGCUAAUAGUAUUCAUGCAGGCAUGGAUGUUGUCCCGCAAGGAGUUCCAUAUGCUGGAGGUCAUCGAGGGAAUCGAGUUGAUAGCAUACCCGGGCAAAUAGGAAGUCAUGCUGGUCAAUUUUAUGGAUCCGCUUAUAGGCCAUCAACGCCAAACACCAUAGCCGGUGAUACUUAUAGGCCUGCACCAUUCAUGGAAAGCUCAAAGGGCUUGCCAAACACCAUACCUGGUGAUUCUAGUAGGACACCGCCGUACUUGGAAGUCUCUCCGGGGUUGCCAAACACCAUACCUAGUAAUGCUUAUAGGCCUGCACCAUACAUGGAAAGCUCUAAGGGUUUGCCAAACACCAUACCUGGUGAUUCUAAUAGGACACCACCGUACUUGGAAGUCUCUCCGGGGUUACCAAACACCAUACCCAGUAAUGCUUAUAGGCCUGUUCCAUACAUGGAAAGCUCUAAGGGUUUGCCAAACACCAUACCUGGUGAUGCUAAUAGGCCAUCACCAAAACUGGAAGGCUCUAUGGAGUUGCCGAACACCAUAAAUGGUGAUGCUUAUAGGCCACCACCAUAUUUGGAAGGCUCUAUGGGGUUGCCAAACACUAAGCCUCCACCACAUCAGUUUGUUAACACUGUUCCAGCGACUGAACUAAACCAAAGCAGUGGCUCAAAGGCAGUUGAUGCUCAUCCUUCGUCCUCCUUGUACAAGCAGAGAUAGUUUUGAGUUGGGCAUUACUUUCUCCCUAGUUUCCAUUUCUGUAGUAUAUAAAGCCAGUCUAGAACUGAUUUCGCAGUCUCAGGAAUGUUUGCGUUUCAUUAGCGUCUUUUUUCUUGUAACUUUGACACUUUUCUUGUGGUUUGUUAUUUUUCCUGAAUGAUAUGUUCGUAUAUCUAUGUACCAAGUGAUAUCUUGGUAAUUCAUGGAUGAUGAUCGGAAAUAUGUUUUUUAAGAAGGAACCACAUACUCAACAUCUUUUCCUUCUCUAAGCUUACGGGAUGAUAGGAUGGAGUGUUGGAUAUCUAUAUAUUGCUCAUUCUUAUCCCUCUUUUCUUCUGAUUUGAAAGAGUAAGUUGUUUAUACUAGCAUGGCAAUGUUCUGUACAAGAUUGGAAAGGUAGUAUAGCCCCUUCUCCUGUCUCUUCUGUCUCAUCAUUGUUUUUUCUACUCAGAUUUUCUUGUUCGUGGGAGUUUAGAAUAGUAAUUAUCUGUACUUAUGUAUGUCUCCUUUGCUUAUGAACAUUGUUUCAAUAGUGAUAGCUUUCUGGAAGUUGAACACAUUUUGUAUUCUGUGGAUUGCAGACCCUGUGAUGACCCACAUGCAUUGUCUCGAUGUUUCACUUUUAUGAACUGGUUAAACUAUUUGAUAAUAUAUUUGUAUAAAGUAUUCGGUAUAUGCUAUUUGCUAAUAGCAGAAUAUAGUGGAUGCUUGUGCAUGAAAUCGAGAAGAAAGUUUUGUUCUCUUGCUAGCAUUGAAGAUUACCAAAUAUUUACCUGCUAUUCUUCCCCAUGGGCCACCCCUCCUCCCAAGCAAAAUCCAGCUCUCUGAUUGAAUUUCUUUUAGCCUUGAGAGACUUAUAAAAAGAUAGUAGCUUGAUUUCCCGUCUAUAUUUUCCUUUAUAUGACAGGAUCAUCCACCAGGUACUCUUCCAAACAGUAGUUUAGACUUCCUUUUCAUGAUCUUAUUCUAUUUGGUUGAAGGCUGUUGUAGCUGGGCCUGGAAAUGAACUCAGACUGCCUGUACAUGUUAACGAAACUGCAUAACACAUAUUUGGCUUCUACUUGAUGAACAAUUGUGUACAAUAAUUCAUUUUGUACGAAAGUACUAUCUUUGUAGAAGAGCUCAUUUAGAAGUGUAUGUCGGAUUUUCUUUUGUUAUCCUUGGCAUAGACGAACAGAUCAUGUUAUUUUCAUUUCUUAAUUCAAUCAUGUCUGCCCAUCAGUUUUACAGGUCUUAGAUGUAUCUUCUUUAUUUCCUCACCAAAACAGAGGACAGACAUAAAGUUGGGUGGCAUCACCAAUGAUGAAAUGAAAAGCCAUUUACAGUUACUCCUUUCGUAUAUGUACAUCAGUAUUCUUUACCAAUUCUCUUAUGUACAU